AGGACUCCAGAGUUGCUCAAGGCAGUUAAAUAGGUUUCAGGAGAUGAGACUGAUUAACCUGAAGAAGACCAGGGUGGGAGGGGUAGACAGUGAAAUGGAAGGGGCUGAAUAAGGUGCCUUUCAGGCCUCACAGAGGCCCGCCAUCCGUAUGCUCACUGCCUUCCCACACCCAACAUUAUUGUCUAGGUGAAACCUGCUUAUAACAGGAAUUAUUCUAGUUACAUUUGGGGAGCUCUGUGUGCUGGGCACUGUUCCAAGUACUUAAUCCUCUCAAAAAACCCCAAGAUGUAGGUAUUGUUAUUCUUCCCAUUUUAUAGGUGGGGAAAAUGCGGCACAAAGAGAUCACAAAUCUAAGUCAGUGGCUGAGCUGGAUUUGAACCCCAGCAGUCUGGGUUGAGCCCACACUCUCACUUGCUAAAUAAACUGCAACUAACAUGAUGGGAACAUCAACCUAUAAGGUAGAAAGCUGGUGCAGGUGACAGAAAGGUGUGUCCUAGGGCAGCCUGUCAACUUUUGCAUUGGGGAGGGUGGGUAAGAAACUGGGGCUUGGUUGUGUGUAUAUGGAAUCCUAGACUUCUCCCUAACCAAUAUUCCAAACUUCUGGAUUUUACAGAAAAAAAAUGAAACAAGAAAACAAAAGCCAAGUUCUCACAAAGAGUUGCAGCCUCAAUUUAUGCUCCCUAGGAACCUUCAAAACACAACUACCAUCUGUUAUCACCAUCAUUUCAUAAAAGCAAGUCCAUUUUAAUCCUCCUCAAAAUAAGUCAGACAUCAUCUGAAUCAAAAGCAGUUACUGCCAAGAAAGGACAGUCAUUGACUUUCCACCACCAACUAGACAUUCCUCCAUAUUUUUUCAUCAUGCUGUGGACUAGUGAAAAUCUCACACUGGUGAUGCCUCUGCUUUUAAUCUCUCUGAAUCAUUUGAGGGCAGAACCAAAAGAAAUGGGCUUAAGUGUAGCAGGAGGGAUUUAGGUUAGAGCCAAGAAAGAAUUUUCCUCUCCUGGAGAUCUUUAAAGAGCAGGUGAGUACUGCAUUUGCUUAGGUUGUGAGGGUUGCAGGAUCAAUACCAUGGCCAGUAGCUCUGCAUCCCACCUCAGACAAGGGCAAGAACUUUGUUUUGAAGGACCUAGUCUCACAUCCACCAGGGUAGCCUUGGAACCUGAAAUAGUUCCAUCAGGCAGCCAUUUCCUGCCCAGAGUUCAUGGGACUUGAUAGGUGGUCCCCAGGCAGUGAGGCACCCACUGUUGGGUGGCACCCCCAGGCCUGUAAGCCUUGAAACUGAAGAGCGAGCCUGGGGACAGCAACAGACAUCGAUGAUGCCAAAUAGUGGAGAGGCAGUAUAACCACAGACCUUAGUAUGAUGGUGCCUUUCUCCAGUCCGGGGCCCAGGUUAAUUACCUUAGUAGUCUCAGGUGGGACCAGGUAUAAAACAGGUGAAGUCUCUGAAUCCCUUUCUAAUCCUAUUCCCCGCAGGAUGGCAAACCCAAACCAUCAGGACUUACCAGGCAGUCCCAGGACCAUCUUAUGUGUUCCCCUGGGGGUAGAUCCUGUGGCAAGGGCAAAAGUGAAUUAUUGUCCUGACCAAUAGUUGGCCACGGUCCUUUGGUAGUCAGGAAUUGAACUCAGAUUGCAUUGACUAGUUGCCUGUGGAUUAACAUGGCACUGGGACGAUUGCACCUGGGAUGUUCAGCUAUAGUUCAUAGGGCUUGUGUUAGCCUCUGGUCCGCCUGUUGAGAGAGUGGGUUUCCAUCUCAAUUGUUUAAGUAGUCCAUUGGUCCUUUCCAUUAGCCUAGCAGCAGUGGGGUCGAAAGGCAGGUGGAAAUGCCACUGUAUAUCCUUUUUAUCAGCCUAUUCCUGAACUUCGUGGCCAGUAGAGUGGAUUCCUUGGUCACUGUCAGUGUCCACGGGGGUUCUAUAUGUCACACACAAGCGGUUCUAGACCCAAAACAGAGUUUAUUUGCGUUGUUAGAUGACUGAAGUGGGCCUUUUGUAAUGUCUUCCACUUGUCGUAGCACAUUGUAGACUGCAUACAGCUGUAGUUCCAUCACACUGUGUCAUUGCUUUGCCCUUUUCCAUAGCUGGGACCAGAAGCCCAAGGGCACUCUUAUUUUGUCGUUGCCCCAGGCCCCAACCAAACCCUUCCAGGUAACUGGCAACGUUCAAUUCACAAGCCUGUCCCUGAGUUAAUAUCCCCAAAAGCCUGUGUCUAAUUGUUUAGGGGUGAGGAGUUGGGGUUAUCCUUGUCUUUUGUAGAUAAUCCUGGUCCUUGGAUUUUGUCUGUAUUCACCAGCCAUCCCUAUGCAGUCAGAUGAGCCAUGAGUGUGGAGCAGCUACUUUUAAGUUAUAAAGAGACCCUGAGGUUCAGAGGAUAUCAAAGUAAUGGAAGAGAAAGACAUCAUUCAUGGUAGUCAGCUACCACGGGGCCCCAGCUGCUAGUGGACGGUCACAGUCACUCCUGCGACUCUCCGUUCUCCGUCCUCACUUCCUGACAUCUUGGUGCUUGCAGGAGUUUCCUCGGCCUCUUGGCUGGCUUGCCAACUGUUGGGCUGCAACCCAUGGACCUGCAGGAGAUAGCGACAGAGACAUCAGUGGUUUAUGGGCAGGGGAUCUUAAGCAAAAGGUCCUGGAGUGAUAACCUCCACCGCGUAUGGCAGAAAGAAGGUGGGAUAGCAGCCCUUUUCACUACUCGGGGGAGAAGGAGGCUACCAUUUAUAGCGGGAAUUGAUGUCACCUUGGCUCCUCAGGUACCAGGGAAACCAGCAGCUUGGGCACAUCCCUCACAGCCAUCAUAGAUUAAUUACCAUCACUGGGGUAGAUGUUUCCUUUUAAUAAACUUGCAGGUGGAGCCGUUCUGGCCUAGGGAUUAGAUCAGGGCAAGCACAUUCACGUGAGUGGGUGCAGGUGAAGAAAGGACUGGUGGAGCAGGGGAUGUACAGAGAGCAAGAGAACAGCUAUCUUGAAUGGCCUGACCACUCACCUUAGGGCUGUGUAGAGGGCUAAGAACCACCUAGGAAUGACCCUUGAGGAGACCUAAGGCUGGAAGAGAGGAAAGGAAGAGAAUGGCCCCCUCAGAAUGUUGCCUGGAGUCUGGGGUGAGAUAGAUGAAGGCUCAGUGGACAGACCUGGCUGACUGCGGCAUCCUUGGGAACAAUUUUUUCCUAUUUCCCCACUGCCUUCAAGCCCAGGUGCAGCCCAGGGCCCAGAGCCUUCCAACAGCAGCUCAAAGCCAGGCAGGUGAAGCCCUGUGCUGGCUUGGACUGAGCCUGGCUUAGGCUCCUCCCUGCUCUGUACCAGAAGGUGAGGCCAGAGGGUGUGGGGACACUAGGGGCAGUGGGGAAGAGAAGGAGGGAAGGGUCUAGUCUCACCUGCUCCAGCCUAGUGGUAGAGACCAAGGCCUCCAAAGUUGGGUUCUCAUCCUCCAGGAUUUUCUGACUCCAGAGGAAGCCUCCAGCUUCAUCCUACCCUGUGUGUAUGUUGUGGGGGCAAUGGGGUGUGAUACUUCCAGAUUUAGACCUCCGUGGUUUAGUAGCACAGACCUACCCACAGUUUAAUCCUGGAGUUUUAGAAUGCUAAAUCUGGAUCCUCUUAAGUUACAGUUGCAGAAACAGACUCAGGCAAGGGCAAUCCCUCCUGCUCCAGAAUCACACUGGUUACAUGGGCCUGGAGCCCCUGCAUCCAGAUUCUCUGAUCUUGUUCUGUCCUCAAAGAAUGACAGAAGCUAUAACUUUAGCAUCUACUAAGUGCAGGACUCUGUGCUGGCUGUUGGAGAUGCAGAGACAGCUGCCUUCAGGAGCUUUUGGUUAGCAGGUACGUAUACACUGCUUUUUAUCCUCCAAAGGAAGGAUAAAAUGUUCUACCUACAGAAACACCCCAGGCCCAGAAGUGGAUCUAUGGUAAAGAGAUCAAAGAUGGCAGGGCCAGGCAGGCAAGUGAGGGAACAGGACUGUCAGUGGUCACCCCCCUCCCUCCUCCAACUUCAAUGGCCCCAGCCCAGAAAUUGGGCCUCUGCUGCCCUCUAAUGGAAGAAAGGCAGCCCGUGGAGCUGCCUGCUGGGGCCCGAACAACCUGGUCCACUAAAGAAAAGGGGAUGAGGACAUUCCUGCUCCCAAAUUUUUUAUUCUACUAGAGUCUUGAGCUUUGUUUCCAACAGCCUCUGAAGCUCCCUGGCUGCCCUGGGUCCCCACCACCACCCUCCAUCCCACCAUUUCCCCCGUUUCCUUUGUUGCCCGGGUUCUGAUUCUGGUACCCUGGUUCCUGGCCCUGCCAGAGUUCUAGUUCCGGAAGGCCUUUGCCAGAUGCCUCAGGCCUAGCUCCCACCCGGGCGCAAAGCUGCACUGAAGACUCGGGCAUGUGCUGCAUCCCCCAGCGCCUGGGGCAAAUGGACAUCUACAAAGGUGUAGUGAGCCUGGCCACAGGUGCUGGGGCCAUCUACCUGCUCUACAAGGCCAUCAAGGCUGGCAUCAAAUGCCAGCCACCCCUCUGCACUACCUCGCCCAUCUGUAUCGCCCGCCUGGCAAUCGAGCGAGAGCGGCACGGGCGGGACUCAGGUGAGCUCCGGAGGCUCCUCAACUCUUUGGAGUGCAAACAGGAUGUGUACGCCAAGAGCAUGAUCCUGCACAGUAUCACGCGCUGUGUGUACUUGCUGGAGUCCGAGGCCUCUGCUUGUACUAAUGAUGACAUCGCAUUGGUGGGCUCCAUGCUGGAUGACAAGGACAACAGUGUCAAAAUCCAAGCUCUGAACACGCUUAAAGCUUUCUCUGGCAUCAGAAAAUUUAGGCUUAAAAUCCAGGAACACUCCAUCAAGGUCCUGGAACUGAUCUCCACCAUCUGGGACUCGGAACUGCACAUUGCAGGCCUCAGACUCCUCAACAACAUGCCGCUGCCUGACUUUGUACAUCCACAGCUGCGCCGGGUGAUGCCUGCCUUGAUGGAGAUCCUGCAGUCAGACUAUAUCCUGGCACAGGUGCAAGCCAUACGACUGCUGAGCAACCUGGCACAGAAGAACGACCUGCUCUAUGAUAUUCUCAACUGCCAGGUGCAGUCCAACUUCCUGAACCUGUUCCAGUCCACACAGCCUGGGAGUCUGCUGUUCGAGGUGCUGGUGUUUGCAGAGCGGCUGAGCGAGGGCCGGAGUUCACCCCACUACCGGGCCGUGAAAUGGCAUUACAACGAGCAGUCUGUGCAUGAAGCUCUCUUUGGCGAUGAUUCACGGCUGGCAGACCGGCUGCUCGCCUUGGUCAUCCACCCUGAGGAGGAUGUUCAGAUCCAGGCCUGCAAGGUCAUAGUCAGCCUGCAGUGCCCGCCGGAAGUGGGAGUCCUGCCCUCCUGCCCACCCAGUCAUUCCUGCUUUAAUAAUGGAGAAUAAAAUUACGGAGAGCCAAUAAAUGAGUAUGGGAGAGAAGCUU